CUAAACUCGCCCCUGUCCUCCGUUCCCUCACUGACUCGUUCUCUGUGCCUCUUUGAGAAGAAGGAUGUGGGGUGAUUUGAUCAUGUGGCAUUUGGGGCUUCUGAUUUUGGGGUUAGGAUGGGUGCAAGGACAAAGCCAGACCAACUUCACAAGGCCUAUAUUCCUGUGUGGUGGUCAUUUGGUGACAGACUCAGGGUUUGUGGCUAGUGAGGGUUUCCCCUCUCAUUACAAACCAAACUCCAAAUGCACCUGGUACAUCACAGUUCCAGAAGGUCAUGCUGUGAUGCUCCAGUUCAGGAUCUUUGAUCUAGAGGCGGAUCCCACCUGCCGCUACGACUACGUGGAUGUCUAUAAUGGACACUCGUACACAGUGCAGAAACUGGGCCGCUUCUGUGGGACAUUCCGACCCGGAGCCCUCAUAUCCACCUCCAACACCAUGAUGCUGGAGAUGGCGUCUGAUGGCAGCACAGGCGGAAGAGGAUUUCUGGCUUAUUUUAGUGGGGGGAAACCACAUGUCGAUGAGAAUCAGUUCUGUGGUGGCAGACUGACAAAGUCUCAAGGUUCAGUGAAGACACCGAACUGGCCAGAAUCUGAUUACCCAGCAGGCAUCAGCUGCUCUUGGCACAUAUCUGUGGAGCCCAACAUGGUGAUUGAGGUCAAGUUUGAGAAGCUGGACUUGGAAUUAGACACAUACUGUCGUUAUGACUACGUGGCCCUGUUCAACGGGGGCGAGACCGAUGACUCUCGACGUAUUGGCAAAUUCUGCGGAGACAUGGUUCCAGAUGUGGCUGUGACCAAUGGAAACGAGCUGCUGGUGCACUUUGUAUCAGAUCUGAGUGUGACAGCUGCAGGCUUUAUGGCUCACUACCGGAGUGUUCCCCGUGGCUCCCGCACAGCCACUGCUACCCUGGACACAGUACAUGGGCCAAGAGUCGACACUUCAUCUACUAAACCCAUAACUCCAUCAGCAAGACCUAAGCCUACACCAAAAGCUCCCUCAAGACCAUCAUCCAGACCAACUCCUAAGCCAAGAUCAAAACCUACACCCAAGCCCAAACCUGUCAAACCUAAUCAACCAACAAGAUCUGGUACAAGAAUCACACCAAAACCUGCUGUAAAAGUGCCAGUAAAACCUACACCUAAACCCACAGUUAGACCUCAACCGAAACCAGGGGCUACAGCAAAGCCAAAAGUAAAGCCUGGUGUCAAACCAACAACAAAGCCAAAGAUCAGUCCCAUCUCAAAACCUGGGAACAAAACAACAACAAAAGCAGCCUCAGUGGGCAACCCACUGUGUUCCCUACCAUGCAAGAGAAUAGGCACCCUCGUGACCCGCUUCUGCCCCAGUCGUUUUGUAUUGACCGGUAAAGUGACAUCACUUACCCCUGGAUCUCAAGGAAGUGCUGAAGUUGAGGUGUCCAUCAUUAAGGUCUACAAGGCAGGUAGACUUCAGUUCAGAAAGAGAGGACCCACCACGUCUGCCACACUGACCGCAACAUGCAUGAAGUGUCCAGCACUGCGUAAAGGAGUGAACUAUGUGCUGAUGGGCCAGGUGAAUGGCGAAGGUCUUGGCAUUCUGACCCCAUCCAGCUUUGCUCUUCAGUAUAACUCAGUGCAUGACAAAACACUGGCCAACCUCGCAAAGAAAACAUGUUGACCCUGACCAAUCACAAUGGAGGAAACAAGCCGAAUCCCCCCUACUCUGGUCUACUUUAAUCAUAACCUUGUCAGGCAGGGAAAGGUCAAGUCAAAUAAACCAAAUCCUUAAUUAUGAA